AUGCCUCUGAGUGACUGGGAGGGGUGGAGCCAGGAUCCACCCUUUCCCAGACCUCAUCUGAAAGUUGGAUGGAGGCAAGGGAAUCUUGAUGGAGAUUCUUGUGAUGCUGUAACGAUAUGCACUCUGGGAAUAGGAACUGCUUUUGGAGAGUCCAUUCUGGACAACACUCCUCGCCAUGCUACCAUCGUUACCAGAGAAUAUAGUGAGCUCCUUCGAAUUGAGCAGAAGGACUUCAAAGCACUCUGGGAGAAAUACCGACAGUAUAUGUCUGAACUUCUUACUCCUCCUUAUGGUGUUAUGGAAACUGGCUCCAACAAUGACAGAAUGCCAGAUAAGGACAGUAUGUCAAGCGGUGCUCUUUGCCAAGUUUCUAAAAACUGUAAUAAGUCCUUGAUGUGAUCGUCCUGGAACACACUGGGAGUGGGAGGAAGAAGUUUGGAAAUCAACAGACAAAUGAAAAACUAAGUGAUACAUAUUUCUUUAUUGAUUUUGUUACUUGAAAGGAAUCUGCUUCAGAGUUUCCAUUUGUUAGACUAGGAAUGCUGAGUAAGAGCAGUAAGCAAAUACUUGACUGCUCCCUGUGUAACCUCCCCAGAACUAGAUUGCAGAGGUGCUUGGGGCGAUCUAGGGAAAGCAGUUUGGAUACUGAGAUGUUUCCUCUUUGUGGGAAUAAAGUGCAUUUUCCCACUGUUGCCUAAUUGAAUGAGUACUGUUGUCGUAGUUUAGAUAAAUAUAAUGAAUAAAAGAAAAAUAAGAAAUUUCAAGAAGAUGCUAGAAAUUGUAGAACAUUCAUUUGAGUGAAGCAGCUGUGGAAAAUUAUUUGGAUAUGAAAAUCAGUCUUACUUUAAGUUGUGUGCAGCAACAUAGCAUAUAGCUUUACCUGCCAGUGCUGGCAAGGGCAGUCUGACAAUAUGUACUGUGGAGUCACAUUUAAUGACUCUUGUUCUUUGGCUGUGUCUUUUCUGUGAUUCUGUCCCAACCCGUAAAAACAUGCACAUAUGCUCCAUUUAUCUCUUGCAGUUGAAAGGCAGAAAGAGUGGGUAAUUACAGUGGAAAAAAAAAAAAGGUCCUUUUCAAGGUUCAUGUCUUCAGGCAAGUCAAGCGUAUACAAGUAGCAUUUGGCACUUAUAUUUGAAACAGCAAAGUGAAUUUUUUUGAAUCUUAUAAUUAUUUUUUCAAGUUUGGCAGACGAAUUAGGUCAAGGAUCUUAAAAUCAGAUUCCAUUUAGUUACUCAUUUCAUCUCUGAGAGCACUUUGACUUCUUGUCCUACAGUGCAUGCAGGAAAUUGGAAUUCUACAAAGUCGAAUAUAGUUCUGAAGUAAUCAAUGUGUCUGACUUAGCAACAUCUUUUCUUUAGCUAUGUACAGAUGACAAAAAUUUGAGAGGUUAAUAAACAGUGUGGAAAAGCAAGCUGUCCAGUGACUU